UACUUGCACCAGGCGGCUUGCACUAAAUUGCAAAGUGUGAUCGAAUCGAAUACGAAUAUAAAUUGUUCUACUUUUUCAAACGUUACUCGGGGAUCGCUGCCCAAAAAGCAAUUGUCUAAUGAAAGAGGAAGUGAAAUUGUAUGUUUAAAAUAAUUUAGAAUUCACAUUUUUCCAUUCCAUCAUGGCAAAUAUUCCGGAUGCGAUUUUUCAAUUACGAGAACCAUGUUUGGAACAUCGUAUCUAUAAAAGGAAUAAUCAAUAUAUUCAUUUAAUGAAAAAUGAAAUUCGCAGAAAAAACGGAGAAAGCGUAUCCAAAUUAACGAAACAUAUAUACGCGAAGAGAAACUGUUAAUGAAAAAAGAAACAGAAAACAGUUGUAUGAGAAUUGAAGAGAUAUGAUUCCCUAUGAAAAAUUGGGGAAACUGCGAGGGAAUUAGAGAAACGGGUAUCGUAUGGGCAAAACGUCUGCACGAGAAUGUCAAGCGUUGCGUCGCGCGUAUUCAAAGCACCCGGAAGAGAACGUGUACAGAAGUAACGAUAUUAACAUUCAUGGACACUUUCAGCGUUGCGCAAAUAUAAUUUCACAAACGCGCGCUGUGUCAUAUUAGUCAUUUUCGAUUGAUCGACUACAUACCGAAUAUCAUAAUGUAAACGUGCUGAAAAAUGGUGAAUGAAUGGCGUUCAAAUGUCAGCGUGUAUUCGUUUUGCUGCAUUUUGCAACAUUUUCGGGUCGUUGAACUCUAUUGUGUCUAUGUACUUCAGUGCACUUUACAUUAGAAAUUUAGAGUUAAGCGCCACGAAAGUCAAUUUCAACUUCACACGCCUAUGAAGUAGAUAAGCAUUUGUGUCGUCUUAUAAUGAAGGGAAAGCGACACUCAAAAAGAACUAUACAAAUGUGGUAUCACUAGGAUAAUUUUCUAUCAGACAGAAAAAUUGUUACAAAGUUUGUUGAACACCUCGAUCGAUGAUAAGUUGCAACCAAUUAUUUGGUAUGUUUGAGUACAGGGGUGGGGCGUCGUCCCGGAAGUGGCUGAUAAACAGGAAUAUUGGCGUUAUUAAUAUGCGUAUAUCCUGUACCGGGGCGAGGAAACAAGAAGAACGCGGGCAAACGGAAAGCCGAGCAGGCUCUCCGAUGGAUCGAGAAACGUAUUGACACACCCGUCGAAAAGAAAAGCGGCGAUAGGAGAGCAAGCGAGAAAGGAGUUUCGGCGAAAGGGGGGUGGGGGUUGUGAAAUGCAAGCAAGGAUGCAGAGGUGGUUUGGCGAGCAGGCGAAUCAGGACCAGUUUCAGGUCUGCACUCACAUCAUACCCACGUUGCUACGUGCUGUCGAUAGAUCGGAAGGGAAAGAAGAAGAAAAGGAAGAGGGAAAAACAUAAUAGAGAGAGCGUCCGGUAGGACUUCGUGUUCUUAGAUUAAGGAUUUUGAAGAGGAACAAGGGAUCAUGUUUCUUCGAGUGUUCUUCGUUCUGUUGGUCAGUGCUGUGACCUUGAGCAGGGCGCAGUUCCGGUGCCCGGAACCGAAGGGUUUCUUCCCUGAUCCGGAGCAGUGCGAUCUCUAUUACGUCUGCGUGGACGGAAAGCCGGAAGAAAAGCUGUGCAAAGAUGGUCUCCUCUUCAGGGACGACAAUCCUAAGAAAGAGCUAUGCGAUAUUCCUUCGAAUGUGCCUUGCGGGGACAGAACCCUUCUUCAGGAGCCACAGCCGAGCAAAGGAUGCCCACGCGCCAAUGGCUACUUUAAACACGAGGAUCCGAACGCGUGCGAUCGUUUCAUGAAUUGCAUAGACGGCGUGGCUCAAAUGAUGUCUUGUCCGCCUGGUUUGAUCUACGAAGACAAAAUGUCCAGCUGCGUCUGGCCGGCAGACGCCAGCAGGCUAUGUGAAAAUGUCAAGAGAGACGUUCUCGACGAUGGCUUCGUUUGUCCCAACGGUGACGUGGCCGGGCCUCUUGGUAGAAUUCUACCGCACCCUACAUACCCCCAUCCGGAGGACUGUGCCAAAUUCUACAUCUGCAAAAAUGGCGUGGUGCCACAAAAAGGACAGUGCGAUGCUGGUACCGUUUAUAGCGAGGACAGCUUUAGGUGUACCGAUCCGGAGAAUGUACCAGGAUGCGAGGAUUAUUAUAAGAACAAGAUCUGAACAAAGACAAGGUGCCAGUUGCUUAGCGAUAUGUGUGUAACGCUUAAUUUUUUACAGUUAGGAACAAUAAAUCCGUGAUACACUUAUAUAAA